AUCUCGAUUUACGUGCUCGAGAAACCUGUUUGAUUGCUGUUUGAUUGUGAGUAGCAUUUAUACUACUUACAAUAAUCCAAACGGGGCCAAUAAUCCAAGACGUUGAGCCCUGAUAUUCACAAAUCACGAUCUCUCCGAUCCAAAUCGAUUGAAGCGACUAGAAAUCUCUCGCAAGGAGAUGUCCUUUUUGAAGCAUAUUGUGGAUGAUAUCACAACUCAAGUUGCAGUAUCCAAGUUCGUUACCUCUGCAUUCUAUUCAGGACUUGACUUACUUCAGCUUGCAAAUAUGACAGAAGUAUUCACUUACACAGCAUGCAGACAGUUAUCUCAGAUGUUCUUCGCAAUUAUCUUCUUUCAUAUUUCUGAAUACCUUUUAGCUAUAAUGUUUCAUGGGAGAUCAAAUGUCAGGCUUAGCUCACUUCUGAUCAGCAAAAACUAUCUUCUGGCAAUGCUCAUUUCAUUGAUGGAGUACGCUAUUGAAAUAGUUUUCUUUCCCAGCUUGAAGGAAUAUUGGUGGAUUAGCAACUUAGGCCUCGGAAUGGUUGUGGUUGGGGAAGUGAUGCGCAAACUGGCAAUCAUAACUGCUGGUCGGUCCUUUACACAUCUUAUCAAGAUUCACCAUGAGGAGCAUCACCAACUCAUCACACAUGGAGUCUAUAGAUUUUGCCGUCAUCCAAGUUAUUGUGGUUUCUUCAUUUGGUCAGUAGGCACUCAGAUAAUGCUGUGUAAUCCCAUAGCAACAAUUGGAUUCGGAGUUGUUGUUUGGCGAUUCUUCUCACAACGAAUACCAUACGAAGAGUAUUUCUUGAGGCAGUUUUUUGGAUCAGAGUACGAGGAAUAUGCCCGACAUGUUCCAUCUGGGAUUCCAUUUGUGAGGUGAAAGAUCUAUCCAUUAACAUUUGUAUCAUAUAGAUUGUUUCUUUAGGGCUGUAUGAAGGGACUUUAGCAUCUAUUUCAGUUUUAACAUUCUAUGUUCAUUUAUUGUGUUGCUUUUAGCUUUGCUAUAAUUCUGCCCUUGGCAAGAUUUAACCAACUAUGCUGCUAAACUCUGCAAAGUUUCGGUUCUACUAAGA